AUGACAGACCUCCUCCAGAUUCUCCCCUCCUUCCCUCUCCGCCCCUUCGCCGCUCUCCUCCCAACCAUCGAGCACAACGCCCUCACCACCACCGACCUCCUCACGCUCCACCCAGCAGACAUCGCCAAGCAGACCAGACUACCUAUUCUCGACCUCAAGCGCCUCAUCGCUGCCGUCCAGGCUUCCCUCUGCGACGACAUCACCCCUCAGCAACCGCUUCUGGACCCGGAUCCGCCUCCUAGCGUCAUCAGCACUCUCGACCAUGGCCUUGACGCCGCUCUGGGCGGAGGCGUGCCCGUUGGUGCCGUGACCGAGAUCACCGGUGAGAGCGGCGCCGGCAAGACUCAGGCUCUACUCUCUCUUUGCCUCGCCGUUCAGCUUCCUCCGCCUCACGGGCUCGGCCGCCAGGCUCUCUACAUCUCAACCGAGGCCGCCCUCGCCACAAGCCGCCUAGCCCAGAUGCUCAACGCCAACCCCAUCCUCCAGCAGUAUGAUGAAGAUGCACGCCCCUCACUUGAUGCUAUCCACAGCGCCGUCACCCCGGACUUGGAAACUCAAGAUCACAUCCUGGAGUUCCAGGUCCCAGUCCUCCUCUCUCGCCACGACAUCGGGGUUGUCAUUCUCGACUCGGUCGCCGCAAACUACCGUGCAGAGUUUGAGCGUCAAGGCUCCCACGGCUCUAACAUGGCCGCUCGCAGCGCUGAGCUCGUUCGUCUGGGUGCCCUCCUCCGCGAUCUAGCCCGUCGGCAUGGCCUUGCCGUCGUUGUAGCCAACCAGGUUGCCGACCGCUUCUCCUCCAGUUCGGCCCUCCGACAGCAUGCCCCUAGAAGCAGCGGCGUCCCGGAGAGUCCGCUGGCCUCACGGAGCAUGCCUCCUCCUCCCUCCAUGAACCUCCCUAGCACUCCAUCAUCCUCCAUCCCCUUCGCUCUACAGGACCCGGACGGCCCUCCUCCUCCGCCUGCUCUGAUGCUUGACCAUCAACAACGCUGGUUCACUGGCUGGGGCGAUGAUCCUCAUGCCUCUUACUCGCUCAAAACGCCCAGUCUAGGCCUUGUAUGGUCCACACAGAUAGCUUGUCGCAUCGCCUUGUUCAAACGACCCGUCUAUGGCCGCUCUAGGCAAGCUGCACCUAUAGACGCAGAUGACGAUAGUGACUUGCUGGCACCCACUCUGAAGGGAUGGCGGAGGUGGAUGAAGGUUGUCUUUGCAUCACAUACCGCACCCACUGGCCAAGGACUCGACAAUGCAGUCGAGUUUGAAGUCACCAUGGGUGGACUGAAAUCGGUCGACAUUAAGAAGGCCAAGAAUAAGCGAUAG